UUUUAUCUCCGCAAGGAAAAUUUACGGACGGCAAUUGUCUUCGUAAUCUGUCUAUGCGAUUCGUUCUACUGCUAAAUGCUGGAAGCGGUUUAUUAACCUCAAACUAAAAGGCUAGGUUCAGCAUUAGAAUAUAACACUCGAUUACCGAAAAUAGCAAUAAACGAAACCAAAUCCGUGCACUCACUGACGUGACAGACCAUUACCUGUACAGCCCUUGGAACCGCCUACGCUUAAGCAGACUUUGAUCCCAAGAUUUCGCAAUCGUAGAACACUCAAAGUUCACACAAUGCAUAUUGCGUAGGCCAAAGCCAGAUGUAUCUAUAUAAACGCCUGUGUUUCAUGGUAAGGUAAGUAGAACUCACAUGAGUAGUUUAUUAUUCAUCAGUUUUUUGUUGACAACUUCAUGCGUCUUUGGACGCAAUGUCCAUGCAGUAAACCAUCGCGAUCUUCGCGAACUGUUCGAACGAUUCAAGCACAAAUACAGUAAGGCAUAUCUAAAUGGGACUGAUGAGGAAAAGAGGUUUGGUAUAUUCAGAGACAAUCUGAUACGCAUCGAGGCGUUGCAGAAACACGAGAAGGAUACAGCCAACUAUGGUAUAACCAAGUUCACGGACCUGACGAGUGAGUGAAUUGGUCCUGAUUUUAUUUCGCACACCCUAACCGUCUGUUUAGCCGAAGAAUUUUCAGCCCGUUUUAUGAAUGCACAUUUUAACAAAAUGACUCGGGAGCUGAAGAUAGCCAAGCGUGUUGAAUUACCAGAAGCUUUGCCAAGUUUCGAUUGGCGAGAGAAAGGUGCAGUGACGCCAGUGGAAGAUCAGGGCUCUUGUGGUUCAUGUUGGGCAUUUUCAGUGGCCGGGAACAUUGAAGGUCAAUACUACUUGAAUGGCGGAAACUUAACUUCGUUGAGUAAACAGCAACUGAUUGACUGUGAUAAACUAGAUGAUGGCUGUCAUGGUGGAUACCCUCCUCAUACAUACGGCGAGGUUAUACGAAUGGGAGGCAUGGUUAGUGCCGUAGAUUACCCAUACCUGGGAUGGCAAUACUGGUGCCGGUUGAAGGUCUCACAAAUUCUGGUCAACAUCAGCGGAGCCCUGCUUCUUUCAAAAGAUGAAAAGUAUCAAGCCAAAUACCUCCAGCAGCAUGGACCGCUUUCCGUUGGGCUGGAUGCAGAACUAUUACAAUUUUAUCAAAACGGGAUUUUCAAUCCACCCGCAUCCCGUUGUUCGAGCUACCAUUUGAACCAUGCCGUGCUGACUGUGGGAUUCGGAAAAGAGAAGGGUAUCCCAUUUUGGAUAGUAAAGAAUAGUUGGGGUUCCGAUUGGGGGGAAGAUGGGUACUUCCGUAUACGUCGCGGAAGGGGAACUUGUGGAAUCAACCAAGUGGUCACAACAUCCUUUAUUUGAUCGUGCUGACAGGAAUACUUCAUUUGUUUUUUGUUUUUUCAUAAAACCUUUUGUUGAGGCUAUCGACCACAUCAUAAUACACCUGUAUGGGCAUUAAUUGUUUUUUGAUUUACCCUAUAUUCCGAAUACACUGCAAUUUGCAGCUAGUCAAAGAUGGUUUACGCAGCACCCGCAAU